GAAGAGCCCACACUGCAGGGAGUUGCUGGGCCACUGCAAGUGUGCGGUUUUUUGCUCGCAUCUUAACAUUGUAGUUAUUAGCAACUCUACUAUUACAAUGGCACUUGGGGAUUUAAAGUAAAGCAAAGAGUAGUUUUGUUUAAGUUUUGUUUCAGAGACUUUACAUGGCAGUGUCGCGGUUCCGCGUGUUUUUGGUGUGCUUCUGAGCUUCCACGUUGUGAAGACACUACAGACAUGUACAGUCCAAAAGAACCGGAGGGAGAAGUGGACCACUCUUUCUUUGACACUGACUGUGAGGCUAAUGGUACUGAGGAUGGUCAACUCAAUAAACAGGAGGCCUCACAAGGACCCGAUGAAAGAAAAAAUAAAGAGACAAAUGUUUUGAUGGAUCAGAUAGGGUCUGAAGUUCAGAGUGGUAGACAUGAAAGACCAAAAGCAAGUCUGGAGAAUGGUUUACACCAGGCACACAAUGAAAAUAAAGAUUGUGACAAUGGACUUAUGAAAGAGGGACAAAACAGUAAUGCACUUUUCAUGGGAUCUUCGCCAAUCCCAAGUGCCAAAAGCUCAGAGACUGGUGACAACAGCCAAUCAGAUGAAGGAUCAAGUGUGCAGUCAUACUCAUCUGAUGAGGACCGUGAGCUGGAUGAUGAGAACAGUGCAGAUUUUAAGCUCAGGAAAAACAGCAAUGGUGAUUUCAAUAGUGAUGACGACGGAUACCAUCGAAGUGAUGAUGAAAGCGAGGAGGAAGAGUCACAAUCAGCAAAACAAAGGCGGUCCUCACACGGAACACCUAAAAAAUGUGCUGGUAAAUUUCGUAAACAGAGCCGUUCCUCAUCAUCGGAUACUGAGUCUUCCCACAGCGGAGAGGAGAGAAGCUCAUUUUGCUCUCAGAAAUCUCCUGUGAAACAUUACAGGGUUGCUUCAGCUUACCAGAGAGAGAUGGCUAAAGAAUCAGCAGAAUCUGAGGAUACGGUCACUGAUGUCACCCCUCUCUCAACACCAAAUGUUAGCCCUGCCCAGUCUAUUGAUAUGGUUCUGCAUUCUGGACAUUUGGCAGUAGAUGCUCAAAAGACAGUUGUGAAUGAAGAGGUUUCAGAUGACCAGGGCAGUAUAAGUUCUGAGGGUGAGGAUGAACCAGCACUUUUAAAAAUAGAGAAGCAAUUGGAAAGGGGGCUUGUCUCCAGCCCUAGUAGUGUUGGCAGCAGUCGUAAAAACUAUUCUUUUACUAAUGAGGAAGUUCGGAAGAUUGACCGGGAGAACCAGCGGUUGUUACGUGAACUGUCCGGUUCAUCGGCAUGCUCGCGCAGUGGCAGCUCUACGUUCUCAUCCACCUGUAGUCGAAAGAACAAUGCACCACCCAUGCGGCUUUACCACAGCGCUGUGAACAGGCAGAAAGAGCAAGAGCGCAUUCAUAAGGAGAACCUGGCAUUCCUGAGGCGUCUCGAAUCUGUAAAGGCCACUCCUGGCUUAACCAGAGAUGAACAACUUGCUGAUCACCAACGCCAGUGUCGAUACCUUGGGACGCACGGUCCAGCUAUUCCUCCACUCACAACGAAAUCCAGCAAGACAUCUGGGAGGAGUACUAGACCCUGCAGUAGUCCUCACAAAGAUAGACCAGGGACUGCUAAACUCAACAGAGCAACACCACGACCUGCCUGGUCCUGAUCUUUAGAUUUGUCUUCUCUUUUACAUCUGUUUCUUUUGUCCGGGUUACGUUCUGUGUUUCUUGUUUAAUUUGACCCAGUUUCCUUUGUUCUCAUUUUCUCUCUACUCAUUUGUUUCCAAAGUUAUUGUAUGUAGUUGUCACCUGUUCUCAUUCUGUUAAUCAUCUGUCUAUUUAAGCCCCCAGUUUUUGUCAGUUCCUUGUCUGGUAUUGUUUGUAUGUUUCAGUUGUUGUGUCAUAGCUUCUCCUGAGCAUUCCCAUUGGAUUUAUUAUUAAAGACUGUUAGUUUGUUGACAUCUCCUGCACAGCUUGUGACAUAUAUUUACAGUUUGUUCAAAUCUGUACUUGGAUGAAUGCUUUAAACCUUAUAUUCUAUCCUGUAUGUUUGGAGUCUAUUCUGCCAUAUUUGUCAUAUGAUCUACAGAGCUUGACAUUUAAAGUUGUUUAUCGUUCUAAAGUAUGUGGGUUAUAAUGGAUCAAUAUAACAUUGUUGUAGCAUUCCAUUUCUUAAAGACUUUCAGAGUAAAUCGGUGCUUAUAUUUGUGCAGCUCAGCUAAAAGCCUUUAUAUAUGUUUAAGAUGUGUGUUAUGUAAUGUUUUUAGUUGCCAUUGUCAGAAAAAUCAAUUGUGAUCUAUUAGUAAAAUAUUGUAAAUUUUGUAAUCUAAUGCUAAAUAAAUACUAUAUAUGUUA